GGAUUUUUUUAGACAAGUAGAGGGUUAAAUAAAAAUAUAGACAAUUUCGUCGUCAGCUAUGUAGUGGGAUAAUCGUGAAAAGCACUGAAAUCCAAGAGUGUAAUUCAUUUUAAAGGGAAGAAGACAUCUGAUGUUCUAAAAAAAGUUUUGAAAUAUUAAUAUAUUUUUUAUUCUCUUUUUAAGCAGGGUCAAGUUUUAUCCAUCAUAAUUACAAUAAUUAUCAAAACUCCGAAUGAAGGAAAACAAUAGUUUCCCUGCAUAAAAAAGUGUAGACGGGUCUACCCACAAAGAGCCGAAUACAAAUAGGUACGUACAGCUUGUCUAAAAAGUGUGGUAAAAUUGAAGCCUACAUAAACCAAGGCUACGAGUUGUCAUUAUGGCCACCCCAAAUACUGUGGCUGUAUAAUAUUGUAAGUUAGUAAACAAAAGUUGGCAAGUCACUGUCAGUGUGCCUAUCAGUAAAUAACACUUUUUUGACGGAGUAUAAACAAGUUUUAUAGUGUUUGUGUAACAAUAACAAGUAACAUUGGCUACACCACAUUGAUAAGACUGUUCAAGAAUAAAAUUGGUUAUCUAUAUAAUUAUUAUCUCUUUAUAUGAGAGGUAGCAACUAGAUAACAUUCUAGUUUCAAAAUUAAAAACUUGUGUUUUUAACUUAUUUUGGUAAAAAUGUUGAUUCCAAAGUUGUUAAGAUACAAUUCAAUAUUAAAAAAUAAGUCAAUAAGAUUAUUAGCAACUAACACGCAACAGCAAACAGAGAAUGUAAGCCCUGUAGUAUACGAGAAGUUAUUAGGAACAGACCGAGGUAUUGCUUUGUAUGGAUUACACAGUCCCAAAAAUCGCAAUGCAUUGAGUUUCAAUAUGAUCGAAGCUAUGAGAGAAGUCAACCAAUUGAUCAGAGAGGACACCAAGAUAUCUGUAGUUAUACUUCACAGCAUGGUACCUGGGAUAUUCUGUGCGGGUGCAGAUUUGAAGGAGCGCUUCAAAAUGUCUGAUGAUGAAGUGGCUAAGUUUGUCAAAGGACUACGAGCCACAUUUAUAGAAAUUGAAGAUUUGCCCAUGCCAACAAUCGCGGCCAUAGAAGGUGUAGCAGUGGGUGGGGGUUUGGAACUGGCUUUAGCUUGUGACAUUAGAGUAGUGGCAGAAACAGCUAAGUUGGGACUGGUUGAGACUGGUCGGGGACUUAUACCUGGGGCAGGGGGUACUCAAAGAUUACCCAGAGCUAUCAACAUCAAUAUUGCCAAAGAACUUAUUUUCACUUCAAGAAUAGUCACUGGCAAGGAAGCAAAGGAUCUAGGCAUUGUCAAUCACGUAGUACCACAGAGCAACUCGAACAAUGCAGCGUUAGAAAAGGCUUUAUCUUUAGGAAGGGAGAUAAUCCACAAUGCACCGAUUGCUCUCCGUUGCGCCAAACAAGCCAUCAACGAGGGAAUACAGCUCAGUAUCAAGGACGGUUAUGAGGUCGAACAAAAAUGUUAUGAGAUAAACAUUCCUACGAAAGAUCGCCAGGAGGGUAUGAUAUCUUUUAUGGAAAAGAGAAAACCAAUAUACGAGGGUCAUUAGGAUAAAAUUAAUUAAUUUGUGGGGUAUCUGGGAGUUGAGAGUAAAGGGUUGUAGUAGUCAAGUACAAUAUGUAAGUAAUAAGUCGGGAUAGGUGUAAUUAACGGUGCCAAUAACAUGUAAUGUUCCAUGCACUGGAAUAGGUCUUUCAAAUAAUAUAUCAUCUGUAAUAUUUAUAUGACUUAUGAUUAGGUAAUGUACAAAUCACAGUACAUGAAAAUUUUUUGAUAAUACCUGUGUAACUGUUGUAUAUAGGUUAGAUGUCAAUUUACAAUGAAUGUUUUAUAUAUUACAUUUUUGUAGUUAUCGUUGAAUUAAUGCUUGUUUUUGUUCUAGUGCGUACCUAUACCUACCCAUCAUUAAUAGUUAAGUAUAGCAGAUUUUUCCAAUGUGCGGUAUGCAUAGCAGCGUGCUUAUUUUCAGUCACGAACCCUUAUGUAUAUAGAAUUUAGGUAAAAGACAGCGUCGAUCGAACGAUGCCCCUAUUAGAAAUGGUGGUAUUGUAAUUAUUCGUAAGUCUUCGGCGCCGCCCGUGUACAUCCGUACACGGGCGGCGCCAAUGAUUAAACUCCUUGUUCAACAUUUUCAACACAUGCGCCAAGCGUCCUCGAUAAGCAUGUGCUGUUUGUUUGUUAUGGUUAUUUCAGUUAUAUGGUAGUUUGGAUGCGUCCGCCCGUAGCAUCCGCCCGGAUCAGCUCACGUGCUUGACGGUCGUGAGAUCAAUUCACAAAUUCCGCUCAUCAACUUUUUAAUGAAGUUUUCAUUCGCUCUUGCCUUGCAUCAGUUCUUCAUUUAUGAUAUUUCCGGCGAUUUUUUCAACUUUCAGAGGUCUGGGACGUACUACAGUAGUUGAUGCUAGGUGUGUCGCUGACUGUUACUGAUGUACUUCGUAAUUCCCUACUACCAGCCUUAUUUCAUCAAGUAUCACCACUAAUGUUAUGAUUUCUAUUCCGUACAUCCGGCACCAAAUUCUGGUAAAACUAAAAAAUAAAAAAAAAUCCGAUGACAAGAUAUGUACGAUACAGGUUGCAGCACAACGCUAACCGUAUCAUGUAUGAUAGCUCUCAACCUUAUCGGCAAUAAAAAAUAAUCAACGUUUUCCUAAACUCAAGUCCAAAUUGACAAACGAGCUACCUACUAUAGAAACGAUAAUAUCUUCUUAUGAAUUAACAUUGAUAUUACCACAUUAUUACCAAACAAGCUGAUUUAUGGUUCUUUUCUGUUGAGCUUGCUGUAACCUAUACUAAACAUUAACAAGCAAUAUAGGAAAAUCUCAGUGAGUAGGUACCUACUCCGGAUUUCUAAAAUAACGAUAGUUACCAAUUAAAAAUUAUGGAACGAAAAAAGGAACGUAGCGAUGCCGCAAAGCGGAAACAACGACAAGAAAGAGAAGAAAGUAAAAAAAAAUUGCCCAAGCUAGAUAGCUUUUUUACGAAACCGCUUUCUGCUACAGUUCCUUCAACAGCCGAAACAUCGUUCAAAAGUGCCGAAGUCAUCGUUCAAAAUACUACCAUCAAUGCCCCUGCUGAAAAUGACUACCUCGACGCUUCCGUGCAACCUACGGUAGACGAAUCGUCAAUUUCUACAUCUUCAAAAGUUCUCGAAAUUUCAAAUGACUUGGUAAAUUACAUCAACAAGAAACUGAGUGAUACCGAAAAACGUCUGAUUCUUGACAAGGGACCUUUGAAACCACCGGGACCUUUUCCGAAGGACCCCCACCAAGACAACAGGAGCUUUUCAGAAACGUAUUACGUUACUACGUCACAAUACGGUCCAGUUGAUCGUUUUUGUAUCAAUAAGUUCAAACUGCGCGGAAAGAGGGGAGGAGAGCCCGAUUCUGUCUCUAUGCACCAG